GCCUCUCCAGACUCUCAGCGAUGCAGAUGUGAAGGGGACAUCGCCCCAUGCAGGCCUGGCAGCCAGCCCUGUCCUCUGUCUCCUCACAGAAUGAACCCCACAGAUUAUGCUGAGCUGCUGAAAGAAUCUGGCAACCAAGUUUUUAAGAAUGGGAACUACUCUUUGGCCAUCAGAAAGUACGACGAAGCCAUCCAGGUUCUCCUGCAGUUACUCCAGUGGGGGGCUCCCCCCAGGGACUUGGCUGUGCUACUGUGCAACAAAUCCAAUGCAUUUUACAACCUUGGGAAAUGGAACGAGGCAUUUGGGGCUGCCAAGGAAUGUCUUCAGUGGGAUCCAACCUAUGUGAAGGGAUACUACCGAGCUGGUUACUCCUUACUGCGGUUGCUCCAGCAUUAUGAGGCUGCUCGCAUGUUUUUUGAAGGUCUUCAACUUCUUCAAGACAAUGGCGAUCAGAGCCAGUUUGCUGAUUUCCUUGUGGGAGUCUUCACCACAAUGGGCGGUGAUCCCAUUGUUUUGCAAAGUUUCUUGCCCUACUUUGAUCACAUUUUCACUACUGGAUUCUCCACAGAGGUGUGGCAAUCUGUCAUAGAAAAGUUGGCAAAGAAAGGAUUAUGGCAUUCAUUUCUACUUCUGUCAGCAAAGAAAGAUCGACUACCAAGAAACAUCCAUGUCCCAGAGUUAUCACUGAAAAGUCUCUUUGAGAAAUAUGUCUGCAUUGGAUCGUAUGAGAAAAUGGAACAGAUUCCCAAGUUAGUCCAGUGGCUUAUCUCCAUUGGUGCAAGUAUAGAAACUAUAGGACCGUAUCCUCUUCACGCACUCAUGCGCCUCUGUAUCCAAGCAAGGGAAAACCAUCUGUUCCGGUGGCUAAUGGAGCACCAACCCGAGUGGAAAGGCCGUGUCAACCAAAAGGACAAGGACGGCUGCACCGUCCUGCACAUCGUCGCUGCUCACUCGCCGGGGUACCUCAUCAAGCGACAAACAGAGGAUGUGCAGAUGCUUCUGCGCUUUGGGGCAGACCCCACCCUGGUGGAUCGACAGUUCAGGACCCCAGUGGAUGUCCUGAAGAGGAAUAAGAACUUCAAAGCCAUUGAGAAAAUCAAUAGUCACUUGGAGAAACUGGCUGCGUGUUCUAAGGACCUAUCAGGACUGAGCAAUGGUGAUGGAUCCGUUAGUGAGAGCGACAUUUUCCGGAAGGCCUCUGCACAGCUGGUGAAGUACAUGAACUCAGGAAACCGGUUAUUGCCUAAAAACUUUAUGAAGCAAGAUGUAGUUCAGAGGUUCUUGCGCCUCCUUUCUUCUCUGCAAGAAAUUCCUCCCGAUCUGGUCUGUGACAUUAAUCGCGACUGUGCCAACACCUUCAUCAAGAUUUUGCUGGAAAAACAGAAAUGGCCGGAAGUGCUUCUGCUGCUGACCCGCAAAGUGAGCGGAGAGCCACCGCUCGGAGACGGCCUCAUCAAAGACUGCAACUUCGCGGACCUCGACCUCUGCUCCAUCAUCCCCCUGCUCAGCGCCUGGGACCAGCGCCGGGUACAGCUCCUGGGCCGCCUGAUAGACAGUGGAGCCUUGCCCGAGGGUCUCAAGGGCAGCCGGGAGCCGCCACUGGUCAUGUGCCUGAAGCAUGAGGACUUCGAGUUGGCUCUUCUUCUCCUGAGCAGGGGUGCAGACCCCCACGGCAUUUCUCUCAUGGAAGGAGACACCCCUUUGCAUGCGGCACUCCACAUCUUUUUAGAUGUCAAUGCUGACAUCGGUUUUAACUUCCUCAGUCACCUGUUGGAUCUAUUCUGGUCCAACCCCACGGAGUUCGAUUACCUCAGCCCCAACAUCCAGGACAGCAAUGGGAACACGCUGAUGCAUGUCCUCUUCCAGAGGGGCAUGCUGAGGCGCAUGAAGAAGCUGUUAGACCUGCUGGCGAAGUUUGACAUCAAUAUCAACCUGAAGAACAAAGAAGGCAAAGACGCACGGCACCGGAUCAAGAAGAAUGAUGCCCUGCUCUUGGCCUGGAAGAAGGCUGUGUCGGAGAGCCGGCGCCGGGGCCGGCAGGACUCUGCCGCUCAGCCAGGGAGGUUCCUGAGGCCUUCUGUCCCUGGCCACACGUCUCAGCUUGAGUCUCAGGUUUCAUCCAAGUUGCCGCCGUGCGGUGUCACUGUCGGAUCCCUGCCUAAAGAAGCCACGGUCCCUGACAGCUGGGAGAUGCUCCCAGAUGUCCAGAUGAUGAGACGGGAGCUUGAAACAGUCAGGCCCUGCUCUCAGAGGGACCGCCUUGUGCAGGACAUCAUGGUUCUGAUCGAGCAGGUGGAACUGGACAUGUCUCUCCCAGAGGACUUUGCUCAGGGCGUCAAGCUUGUGGAGACAGGAGCUGGCACAGAAGUGAAGAAGGGCGAGCUCCAGCGAACCCUAGGGGCCAGGGGCUGUGACUGUAGUGGGAACAACCCUGCUGUCCCUGAGGCAGGGGCUGAGCACCCUCAGGUGAGCCUUGGGGCCUCGCAGCUCAUUCCUGCUGGUCACAGAGGCAGGGAGGACAGCGGCGAUCAGGACAACUGGCAGGAGAUGGAGGCCUGCCUCCAGGACUUCGAGAACAUGACAUGGGAGAUUGAGUGUACCUCGGAAAUCCUGAAGAAGCUAUCCAGUAAGGUGAUGAGCAAGGUCAUGAAGAAGAAAAUCAUCCUGGCCAUCGAUCAGCUGGGGAACGGUGAGUGGACCAAGAGCCUGAAGAAGCGGCUGAAGCACCUGGAAGGGAAUAUCAAGCUCUACGAGGCCAAGCUAGACAAAGGAGCCCGGAUGCUGUGGGAGCUCGCCAUUGACUUCUCCCCUCGAUGCAGCAAGAACCCAGAGAAGAUCAUUGCCACAGAGCAGAGUUCACACUCCAUGGGCAAGUCGGGACAGGUCUAUACAGAAAUCAUCCGGAUCUGGGACAUUGUCUUAGAUCACGACAAAUUGAAGGACUCCAUCAGGGCCAUCUGCAGUGCCUACAACCGGGGCUUGUCCUGCAUUCUACGGAAGAAGCUGAAAGAUAUCAACAAAGGCCAGGUGUCGGCCAACAUGAAAAUCAAAAAGCGGAUACCCCGCUGCUACGUGGAGGACACAGAGGCCGAGAAGGGCAGGGAGCAUGUGGAGCCCGAGUAUUUCCCCCCAGCCAGUGCGGUGCAGACAGAGUACAACAUCAUGAAGUUCCACAGCUUCAGCACCAACAUGGCCUUCAACAUCCUCAAUGACAUGAUGGCAACCGUGGAGUACCCCUUCCGGGUGGGCGAGCUCGAGUACGCGGUGAUCCACCUCGAUCCCAGGCCGCUGGAGCCCAUCAUCCUGAUCGGGCGGAGCGGCACCGGGAAGACAACUUGCUGCUUGUACAGGCUGUGGAAGAAAUUCCACAUUUACUGGGAAAACGCUGGGCAGGCAGGAAGCCCAUUGCUGGCCAAACAGGUCUGGCUGAAGAGGAGGCUGGAAGUGGAACCUAGAAAGGAAGGUCCAGGCAGGGAAGAAGAGGAAGAGAAGGAGGAGGACGAGGAAGAGGAAGGUUCCAUUGAAGUGGAGACAGUGGAUAGCAUAGGUGAGGAGCAGGAGAGUGAAGCCUGUGCAGGGAGAGCCAGUGGGGACCUGGAGGGGCCUGAGCAAGUGGCAGAAGUCUGUGCCCCAGAUGAUCCCCAACAGCUGGAGCACUUACACCAGAUCUUCGUGACCAAGAACCAUGUGCUCUGUCAGCAGGUGCAGAGGAAUUUCAUUGAGCUUUCCAAGUCUGCCAAGGCCACCAGUCACUACAAACCGCUGGAACCCAAUGUUCACAAACUCCAGGACCUGAAGGACGAGAACUUUCCUCUGUUUGUCACUUCCAAGCAGUUGCUCCUCCUGCUCGAUGCCUCUCUGCCCAAUCCGUUUUUCCUGAGAAAUGAAGAUGGGAGCUUGAAAAGAACCAUCACUGGAUGGUCCACGCAGGAAGAGUUGACCAUCCCCAAUUGGCAGGAGGAGGAGGAGGAGGCUGAGGUGGAUGGGGACAACGGUGAGGAGGAUAAGAUUGUGGAAACACGUUCAUAUGACAUUGACCCCCGGGUGUACGUGACGUUUGAGGUGUUCACCAAUGAAAUAUGGCCCAAAAUGAACAAAGGGAAAACCUUCUACAACCCUGCACUGAUUUGGAAAGAAAUAAAAUCUUUUUUGAAGGGGUCAUUUGAGGCCCUCAGCUGCCCCCAGGGGAGACUCACGGAAGAAGAGUAUAAGAAAUUAGGCAGGAAACGGUCUCCCAAUUUCAAGGAAGACCGGAGUGAGAUCUACAGCCUCUUCUGCCUGUAUCAGCAGAUCAGGUCCCAGAAAGGUUAUUUUGACGAAGAGGAUGUUGUGUUCAACCUGUCCCAGAGACUGUCAAAGCUGAAGGUGCUCCCGUGGUCCAUCCAUGAGCUCUACGGCGAUGAGAUUCAGGACUUCACUCAGGGCGAGCUCACGCUGCUGAUGAAAUGCAUCAAUGACCCCAAUGCCAUGUUCCUCACAGGGGACACGGCCCAGAGCAUCAUGAAGGGCGUGGCCUUCCGCUUCAGUGAUCUGCGCUCUCUGUUCCACUACGCCAGCAGAAGCGCUGUGGACAAGAAGUGUGCUGUCCGGAAGCCCAAGAAGAUCCACCAGCUUUAUCAGAACUACAGGUCCCAUUCAGGAAUCCUCAAUCUGGCAUCGGGAGUGGUUGAUUUACUUCAAUUCUACUUCCCAGAAUCUUUUGAUCGCCUUCCAAGGGACUCUGGUCUCUUUGAUGGUCCCAAACCAACAGUCCUGGAGUCUUGUAGUUUAAGCGACUUAGCAAUUCUGCUGCAAGGGAACAAGAGGAAAACCCAGCCCAUUGAAUUUGGGGCCCACCAGGUCAUCCUUGUAGCCAAUGAAAUGGCAAAGGAGAAAAUUCCAGAAGAGCUGGAGUUAGCGCUUGUGCUAACUGUUUAUGAAGCAAAAGGCUUAGAAUUUGAUGAUGUGCUCCUUUACAACUUUUUUACUGAUUCUGAGGCUUACAAGGAAUGGAAGAUCAUUUCCUCAUUUACACCUUCAUCAUCGGACUGCAGAGAAGAUAAUGGGCCCCUGAUUGACGUGCCCCUGGAGAAACCUAGCUCCUCUCAGGGUCGCUCUUCCAUGGUGAAUCCAGAAAUGUAUAAGCUCCUCAAUGGAGAGCUGAAGCAGCUUUACACUGCCAUCACCCGGGCUCGUGCUAACCUCUGGAUCUUCGACGAAAACCUGGAGAAGCGGGCUCCUGCCUUUGGAUAUUUCAUUCGGAGAAAUUUUGUCAAAGUUGUGAAGAUGGAUGAAAAUAAAGACUUUGAUGAUAGCAUGUUUGUUAAGACCUCAACCCCCGAGGAAUGGAUCGCACAAGGGGAGUACUAUGCUAAACACCAGUGCUGGAAGGUUGCAGCCAAAUGUUACCAAAAAGGAGGUGCAUUUGAGAAGGAGAAACUAGCACUCGCUCAUAACACCGCCCUGAACAUGAAAUCCAAGAAACUCAGCCCCAAGGAAAAGCAGGUGGAGUACUUGGAACUGGCUAAGACCUAUCUGGAAUGCAAAGAGCCAAAGCUGUCCCUUAAGUGUCUGAGCUACGCCAAGGAGUUCCAGCUCUCUGCUCGGCUGUGCGAGAGGCUGGGGAAGAUAAAAGAUGCCGCCUAUUUCUUUAAGCGAAGCCAGUGCUACCGAGAUGCUUUCAGAUGCUUUGAGCAGAUUCAGGAAUUUGAUCUAGCUCUUGAAAUGUACUGUCAAGAGGAACUUUAUGAAGAAGCUGCUGUUGCAGUGGAAAAGUAUGAAGAAAUGCUAAGGGCCAAGACCCUUCCUGUAUUCAAGCUCUCCUAUUCAGCCAGUCAGUUCUACUUGGAGGCUGCAGCGAAGUACCUGAGUGCAAACAAGACCAAAGAGAUGAUGGCUGUCCUCUCGAAGCUGGACACAGACGACCAGCUGGAGUUCCUGAAGUCCCGGAAACGGCUGACAGAAGCCGCAGACCUGCUGGACAGGGAAGGCCGGAGAGAAGAGGCUGCCUUGCUGAUGAAGCAGCAUGGCUACCUCCUAGAGGCUGCCAGACUCACCGCUGACAAGGACUUCCAGGCCUCAUGUCUGCUGGAGGCCGCCCGCCUCAAUGUGGCCCGGGGUUCGGAUGUAGAGCACACCCAGGCCAUUCUGACAGAAGCCCUUGAUCUCUGCUCCCAAACCAGGCAGCAGUCCGGCAUCGCUGAGGCCCAGUUCCUGCUGGGGGUGAUCCUGAGAGACUUUCAGAAGCUCAAGGACGCCUUCUUCAAGUUUGACACGCUCAACCACGCGGCCGGCGUGGUGGAAGCGCUCUACGAGGCCGCCAGCCAGUGUGAGGAGGACCCGCAGAAGGUGCUGGCCCUGGCUCCAGGGGGGCUGGAAGUCCUCCUCAGUCUGGUCAGAGCCCUCAAGAGAGUGAACAACAAUGCUGAGAAGGAUAUGGUCAAGUCUUGCUUUGAGUUUUUUGGGAUUUCUCAAGUGGAUGCCAAGUAUUGCCAGAUAGCUCAGAACGACCCUGGACCCAUAUUAAAAAUAAUUGUUGGCCUGGAUUUGAAUUUGAGAGAGAAGAAAACCAAAGACCAUUUCUUGAUCUUGACUGACCAAGUGAAACUGGCCCUAAACAAACACCUGUUGAGCAGGCUGUGCCAGAUCACACAGAGCCUGCUUGGGAAGACCUACCCGGAUGUCUGCACGCGGUUUAUCGUUGGCCUCAAAUGUGAGGAUGAAAACUGUGAAGAUUACCACAGGCCUCUGCGGCGUUGUGAGGCCAGGUGUUUGGUUCAGUCAAAAACACACCAGGUGGCAAUCAGUGGAUUGCUUUUGGAAGCCAAAAAAGUAUUCCCUAAAAUCUUAGCUGAAGAACUUGAAGGAAUUGAUAAUAUUUUGCCGACAGACAAGUACAGCCAUUGCAAAUCCAUCUUGAAGGCCCUCUUCCCUAAGCACUUCCACCAGCGAGUGCUGUCAGAAAACCCCAUGGCAUGCAAGGAAAUCCUCAAACUGAAUUACAAAUCCUUUCGAUCCUACAGGUUCGCUCUGAGAGAGUACAUCUAUUUUCAGUUUCAGAACGAAAGGGCACGGAGCCGCCGGGAAUCUACCGACCUGUGGCUGAGCGCCAUGCAGGCCUUCCUUCUCUCUUCCAAUUACCCCGAGGAGUUUGGGAAGCUGCUCCACCAGGAGGAAGACAACUACCACAGGGAGCUCAAAGCUCUAGCAUUGGAGAAAGAGGAAAGGGGCAGGGGGCGAGGCAGCAGGCUGAAAGGAAUAGAGGGGAAGUUCGGCAUGCUGGCGCCCAACAAAGAUGACGAGAGCACCGAGAAGACCCACCUGUGUUUCAUCCGGCUGCUGGAGAGCUGCCUCGACCAGCUCUACGUGCACAGGAACCCAGAAAACUACAAGAGGUUCUUCUUCCGUUUCAUGAACGUCCUUGUCAAGAGGUGCAAAGAACCACUCAUCCCCAGCAUUGGGAACACAGUGGCCCUGUUGGAGUUCCAGUUUGUCCACUGCGGAGUGGUCCUGGCCCGCCUCUGGAAGAGCACCGUCCUGUGCCUCCCCAAAAGCUACAUCGCGCUCAUGCACUACUGGGAGUUUCUGUUCAGCAAGAAGGACAAGGAGCUUGGGGACGUGUUCUCCAUCAUUCAGGAGUACAAACCGAAGGAUGUGACAAGAGCCAUUCAGGAUUUCCGAUUCCACCUCUCCUACCUCGCCAGGGUGCUAUGCGGCUACGAGAAUAUGCACUUCAAUGUCCUGCUCGAUGCCUUCAGUGACGUGGACUACGUGGUCUCCGGGGAGGCAGAGCGGACCCUGGUGCUGUGCUUGGUGAUGCUGGUGAAUGCCGAGGUGGUUCUGCAGCCGCUGUGCAAGCCUCUGCUGUACCACCACUUCCAGGAGGUCGAGAAGAGGCUGCAGCUGAUGAGUGUGAACUUCCCAAACCAAGUCCCCGAGAGGCUCCGGAACGUGGUGAAGCGGGUGUUGAUGGCGGCUGAUGUGAAGUCUGUGGCCGAAGCACUGCAGGACCUGCUCUUUGAGCGGGAUGAGGAGUACCUUAUGGACUGUCACUGGCGGUGGGACAGCAUGCACACCAAAGGGGUCAUGGUCCGCGGCCUCUAUCAUGAGGAGGUCAAACUGAACCGCUUGCUCUCUCUGGACCCCGUGGACUACUUUGCUGAACCACAGUGUGAGUUUGGUCAGGACGAGAUGGAUGAGCUGGCAUUAGAGGACCGGGACUCCCUCCUUGCCACCAUCCUCUCCCAGAAACAGCGGAAGGCUUCCAUCCGGCGGAAGUUGAGGAGAGCGUGCCUGGUGGUGUCCCUGUGCAUCAGCUGGAAGAGAAGGGUGAGUGCCCAGACAGGGUGCUCCAGAGAGGAGACCGGGGAGCCUGGGACCGGGAUCUUCAAAAAGGCUGACAUUGACAGGACCCAGUGCGACCUGUGUGGAGUGAAGUUCACCCGAGGUCUUGAGAACUAUUUCAGCUCCAGUAAAGCCUUUGAGGGAGAGACUUCGGAGGCGGUGGCCCUAUCUGAGGCUGAGCUGGAUGACAAGGAAGGUCGGGAGAGGAAUAGCGAGUCUUUUGAGCAUCACAUCCGCCUGGAGGGCCACCAGAGGCAGCAGAUGGCCUACCAGAAAUACUCUGAAUUUUUCCGUGAGAAGGUAGACCCGGCCAUUGACCAAGGCAGGCAGGUAGUGCAGGACAUCGAGCAGAGCGUGCGGAUUCGCAAUCAGGGCUCUAAAGAGCACAGCCGCAUGCUGCAGAGGAAGAUCCAGGAGAACAUCAAGAAGGUCUCGGAUGCUGUGGAGGACUUCUACAGGCAGAAGACCUGGGCUGGCGCGGAGGAGAUGAUGACCCGGCUCGUCAACACUCUGAUCCCGUUAGUCAAGGAAGCGAGGAAGUGGCUGGAGAAAACAGAACUGCACUUGGAGGAAGGAAUCGUUCAGGAAGAUGAUUAUGAAAACGAAAUCGAGGACUUCGGUGAGCUCCAGCCCAGAAGGCGUUUGCGGAAAUGUGGAAAGCAGAGAAAAUACUGAGAUCUACACAGCUGCCACCGCCGAACCCUUUGGAACAGUCCGUCCCAACUUAGAAUUCGGAGUGCUGGCAGAAGGGCAAAGGGUGUUCAUUAGCAUGGACAGGGAGGGGAGUCUAGCAAUCUCUUUGACCUUGGUUGUCCUUACUUCUUUUUCUAUGGUGGCUGAGGGUCUGACUUCUCCCUCAGCAGGGACCUUGAAUGCUUUCCUGGUUCAAGUCUAGAAGUAUUAAUUCCCCUAAAACGAGUUAAGUCAUCACUGAAGGGGACCUUGGGAUGCCUCACCCCAAAGCUGUCAAGUUCCCUGGCUCAAAACCAUCACCACCUGAGCCAGUAGGAGGGACACCCCUCACCUCACAGUUGCUGUUGCCCUGGGCCAGGAAAUCCUUCCAGGGACCCAGGGAUUCCCGCAACUCCUUCCCCACAGCUGCAGCAAGAGCUGCGUAUGCCCAGAUCUGAGUGAGCCCUGCCGCCGGCUCCCCUGACCCCAAGCCACAGUCUAGUCAUCUCCGAGCUCACUUGUAGUGUAGCUGGUCUCGUUACAUACGUUAGCCUUUUCUCUCCGUGGCAACUUUUCUGCCCCCUCCCCCCACAUGCUCAGCUACCUGUGCAAAUCGCAGUUAGACUACCUCAGAAUGUAGUCGAGAAUCCCCCCAGUGUCCUUGUGGCAGCCAGCUAAGGACUUCCCCUUGGAAAGAGGCUGGGGGUUAUUGCUGGGGGCUUCCCAGGCUGCCUCGCCAUGGUGGUCCUCACUCUGCCCCAGCUGUGAUGAGGCAUUUUCAGAAAGUGUUUUGUAUGUAGCCUUGUAUGUCUGGUGUCCUUAGCUCUCCCUGGCCGGUUUGUCAUCCUAGCUCAGGUUGACAUUCUGAUGAGUUUUCUCCCACUGAGCUCACCACCGUGGGAUAGGGACCUGCAGUGACGCAGGCUGGCACAGGUGCACAGAGGAGGAGGCUUGUUGUGUGGUGCCCGCUUGUAGGGACAGGGCUCUGAAUCACUGCCCACGGCUGGUGGGCCCUGGAAGAGGAGGGUGGGGGCGGGUCUGUGUGCAAGGGGUGUCGCUGUCUCCUGCACCCCGCUGGGCCAGCGGGCAGCAGAGUCCCAUGUGGGAAGUCUUCGUGCCUCUCUGGCGAUCACUGCCCACCAUUUCCCCAGCCCCUCAGUUCUGCCUGGGUUGAAAGGUCAGGUUCCCUUCAGUCCCUCACUGUUUUGUCAUCACGACAAAGCUGCUGCUUUUGCUGCUCAUUGUCUCUCUUCACUGUCUUUCCAAAUGACUUUAUUUCCUUGAAAUGUUCAUGAUUCUAAUUUUUAUUAGUUCUGUUUCUAAUUUUUAU